UGGUCCAGUAUGUAAAGCCCAUUGUUAAUUAUCUCGACGUCAUAUUUCUGGUUUUACUAUUGAGCCCAAGAUGUAAAUCCUUAAUUAGGUCAACGCAUUAUCUCAUUAAUCAUUCUUGUCGUCAUAAAGUGACUCAAGACGAAUCUGAUUCUAGAGCCAUAGACCACCGUUUUUUACCUCUAUUCCAAAAGAAAGCUACCAGUAGCAUUUGAGAAUAUACAUCAACACCGGUCAAAUAUUCCUAUCAUGAUAUUUAGAAGUUUUGGCACUACAUAGCCUUAGAAAUUUCUCACGUUCAGUGUCGUGGCAAAGGUAGCAAGUCCACAGUUACGUAUAUCUUAGACCACAUCAGCUACUUUUUCCUUUUCUGUAACAGAACACCGUUGCAUUUUCUAAUUCACUUGACAAAUUCAAUAUCAGCAGUACCUUUUGAAAUGUAAAACUUCCUUUAACAAUCAGAAUAUUACUUCUGGUUACUUUCAAAGUCACAUGUUUGUUUUUUUCUGGUCAGUUUCAAGACCAGAUAACAUAACAUUGAAAGUCGAUCAACUAAAUAAAAUAAUACAAAUGUAUAUUUUAAUAAAUGGAUCGUUAGAAGGUACCUAUACUACUAGUAUCUUCAAUUAUUCGAGGCUGCAUUCGUGAAUGCCGCAGCCGUAUACAAAAAAUAUAAUUUAUUUACAAAAUACAAAUUAUUAUUUGAGUCUGUCUUCGUCAAAACUCCGCAGCCUUAUUCAAAAUUAAUCGAGUCUUUGAUGAAAAAUUAUAUUCAAAGUCGUACAACUGAAAUAAAUGAUUACAAAGACAAGCAACUUGACCACGUUACAUUAUUAAAACGUACUGAAAUAUUCAACAAUCUUGUGCAUAUAUAUAAAACGGACCAGCUAAUAGUUCUGUAUAGGAAGAAAACGAGACUACAACUCAAACAUGGCAAGUUCUAAAUUUAGCUCGAUUAUCACCAUCUUAUUCAUCUGCACGUUAAGCUUAUCGUUCGGCUCGAUUUCUUGCAAGAACGACUUCGUUACGAACCAAGCCGCUUUGUUCGUGUUCGGAGAUUCUCUGUUUGAAGCUGGAAACAACAACUACUUCGAUUCUCUCCCUGGUUUCAAGUCAAAUUACUGGCCGUAUGGUAAAACAACGUUUCAGUUUCCGACUGGGCGGGUUUCCGAUGGUCGGAUAAUGAUAGACUUUAUCGCUGAAGAUGCUUGGUUACCAUUGCUCCCACCAAACCUACAACCUGGUUACAGCAGCAGUCAACUAACCUACGGUCUUAAUUUCGCUACCACAGCCGCCGGAGUAUUUGCCGCAACUUUUCCCGGAGUGUCAAAAGACUUAGGAACGCAGCUAAGCAGCUUCAAGAACGCAACGCAAGUGUUGAGAUCGAAACUAGGAGAUGCAGAGGCUAGAAGAGUAAUCUCGAAAGCUGUUUAUCUCUUUCACAUCGGAGCAAAUGACUACCAAUACCCUUUCUUUGCAAAUACCACAACUAUUACUACCACGACCAAAGAGAGAUUCGUCGAUUUCGUUAUCGGAAACACAACCAACGUCAUCGAGGAAUUAUAUAAAAUGGGAGCAAGGAAAUUCGGGUUCUUGAGCUUGGGUCCAUACGGUUGUACACCAAGCAUGUCGAUAACUGACCCGACAAAGAUAGGAUCAUGUUUUGAGCCAGUCUCGGAGCUGAUCAACCUCCAUAACCAAGAGUUCCCUAAAGUUUUGAGGCGUCUAGAGCGUGAACUAUCAGGAUUCAAAUACUCUCUUCACGACUUUCACACUUCUCUGCUCCAAAGAAUCAACAAUCCCUCACAAUACGGUUUCAAGCAAGGGAAGAUGGCAUGUUGCGGAAGCGGACCGUUAAGGGGAGUCAAUACGUGUGGAUUCCGAAAUGGACCGUCGCAAACUUACCAGCUAUGCGACAACGCUGAUGAUUACAUCUUCUUUGAUCCUGGUCAUUUGACGGAGAAAGCUCAUGGACAGAUCGCUGAGCUGAUUUGGAGUGGAUCGUCUAAUGUUACUGCACCUUACAAUCUCAAAACAUUAUUUGGACUCUAGGUUUUUUCAAUGUCAACGGUUUUAUUUUAUUUUAUUUUAUUGUAUUUUGUACUUAUGCAUGAAAAAUAAUAUGAGUUUUACACACAUGUACCAAAAAAUAAAAUAAAGAGGAGAUAGAACUUUUACUUUCUGAAAA